CCGGGCCGCAGGGCACCCAGGGCUGGGCGGGCACCCACUCACUCACCGUCAGUCACUGUCAGUCAGUCCGUCAGCCCCCGCCGUGGGCACAGCACUGGACCAAAGCCCUUGGAAAAGUACAGUGCAACCGUAACUGAGUCUGGGCGUGCCUCCAUGCAGAACAAAGCUCGGUCCCAGUUGUGCUCUCCCGGCUCGUCGCCUCCCGCCUGCAAAGCGCCAAGGAUCCCCCCGGAGCCCACCGUGCGGAAUCAGGGGAGACGGGAUGCAGUGAAGGACUCAGGCAUGGGCGGCCGGGAACCUGCUGGACCCCCGAUCGCCUCCUGACCGCGUUCCUGUCCUGGAGAGGCGUGGGAAGGGGGAGCGGGCCCGAGCCGGGGGAUCCCGCGGGUCUCUCCUCCCCCCCGGGACCGCCAGCAUGGAGCCCCUGUCCCAGGACUCUCUGCUGGAAUGCCAGAUCUGUUUCAAUUAUUACAGCCCCCGGCGGAGGCCCAAGCUGUUGGACUGCAAGCACACCUGCUGCUCAGUUUGCCUCCAGCAGAUGAGGACCAGCCAGAAGGACCUCCGCUGCCCCUGGUGUCGCGGCGUGACCAGGCUGCCCCCGGGCUUCUCCGUCUCUCAGCUGCCCGACGACCCCGAGGUGCUGGCGGUCAUCGCCAUCCCCCACGCGUCCGAGCACACCCCCGUUUUCAUCAAACUCCCCAGCAACGGCUGCUACAUGCUGCCCCUGCCCCCUCCCAAGGAACGCACCCUGCUGCCGGGUGACGUCGGCUGCCGCCUCCUUCCUGGGGGCCAGCCUAAGUCCGUCACUGUGGUGACCGUCCCGGCCGAGGAGCGGCCCCUCCAAGGGGCCGCCCCGCCGGCCCCCGGGGAGGAAGAACAAGAGCCGCGGGGCGGAGCGGGGAAGAGUGCCACCUGGUCGGGCGUGUGCACUGUCAUCCUGGUGGCCUGCGUCCUGGUCUUCCUGCUCGGCAUCGUCCUCCACAACAUGUCGUGCAUAUCCAAGCGCUUCACCGUCAUCUCCUGUGGCUGAGCCGGCGCCUCCGGGGUGGAGUCUCGGGGCGCCAGCUUAGGGGUGGAGACGGGGAUGAUGGUGGUGGCGGUGGUGGUGGUGGCGGCCAUGGGGGUGGUGACGACGGAGGCGGGAAGGUGGAGAGGAGAUGGGGGGGUGGCGAUGCCGGUCGAUUGGUUCAGAGCACCGGGCGGCCGCCUGGCGGUCCGAUGGCGGACGCGAAGGGUGGUCUCCCCCCGGGGACGGGGCACAUUGGACCGGGAAGCCAACGACCCACGCGUUGAAGAAGACUGCAUGCAUCGCCAUUUAUUUAUUGAAUCAUUUAUUCAAUGAGUGGUAUUUUGUAACGAUUUCGAUCCUGGUUCAAGGUAGGUGUAGUCCACUUAGCCGUCCCGGUACUGUGCGAGGCCAGCGGUGGAGGUCGGCCGCAGAAUGCGGCCCGGGGAAAUCAAAACGCCCGUGUGGGCCCCAAGAAUGAAGUGUGAGAAAUCUAUGGAAAAUUGGCUAAUAACACAUGUCGGGGCCCCCUCCUCUUCUUCUUUGCUUUUAAUGAGGUGGAAAAUCAUGUGAAAAACAAAGCUCUGUCUUCACUGAGUUGAUACAUUUUGAAUGGCUCUGAUUAAAGUGCAAUGGACGCCAGGUUUCCAGAA